UGCAAAAUACAUCCUUGCAUUUGCAUUCUCAAAUGAAAUGCUUAGGUACCACAAAUUGAAGAACAUCAUGAUCUUGGUGUUAGUUGAGAAACUGAUGAAUGGCGUCCACAACUAGAAGUAGCGGGGAGGUACUUGCACAUGUGUCUUUUUUCUUUUUUAGUGAUGGUCAUGUUCCAUUUAAAUGUUCAGAAUUCUGAAUGAAGAAAUGUUCCUGAACCCGAGAUAAAUGAUAAUUUGGAUGAAUUGCUUGUAAGAGAAGUUAGACUGCAGAGCUGGAGAGGCACAUAGCAGCACAGUCAGGACUGUUCUCGUUAGCAGAAUUCAAAUCGCUGCGGUCCUCUGGCUAGAUGGGUUCAGACAUCGGAGCAUUGCUGCUCACUGUUUUCGGCAAGCCGAAAUCUGUUUCCUUGUCGGACUGGGCUAGCAGUCUGGGAAGUCGCCGAGAAAAAGUUUAGGGCCAACUUAUACUCCGAGUGAAGCUCUGUGAUGUUACUGUACAGGGGCAACAACCAGGAGUGAUUUACUCCGAGAAUAAGUUUUUUUUUUGUUGAGGAUUUUGCAGACAUACCACGGGAUCAAAAGCCAAAUGGCAAUUACCACUACCUAUUUUAGCUGGCGAUGUCAGGUGGCUCCUGGCCGCACCUGCCAUGUGUCAUUGAGCUACCCUGUGCUAAAAGAGCAAACUGAGAUUUGACUCUGGUAUGUUUGCAAAUUUCUCUCUUCUUUUUACGUGCAGGAGAGCACAAAUGUGUCGACGGCAGAAUGAUCGUUAGAUCGUAGAAGGAAAAUAAUUUAUUGGGCCGAGAGAGAACAAAACAAAUGUGUCGUACGCGCGGAUAGAGUUAUUGUACGUAGUAGAAAGGAAUUGUGUUGGCCUGUUGGGCCAGUACAGCCCACCUCAUACCUGUGUUUGGGCUGGGCUCGAAUGUACUAGGCACUAGUACAGUAGAGUAGCUGGACUGGUCAGGACAGGAGAAAUCCCCGGUGUUGCGAGUUUGCGACGACACUCCCAAGACGACGGCGAGACAAGUGGGGAAGGAAGGGGAUCGCCAUGGCGGCGUCGCCGCAGCAGCAAGGCCAAGGCGCCCAGGGCGGCUCCGGCGGCGGCGGGUGGUCUCCCGAGCAAUUCUGGUCGCUGCUGGACAAGGCGGACCGCCGCUUCGCCCGGGUGCGCGACCUCCCCCUCCUCGGCCGCCAGGAGCCCGACGCGUUCGCCAAGGCCUUCCGCGCCUACACCCAGCUCUGGCGGAUGCAGCAGGAGCACCGCCACCGCCUCCUCGACGCCGGCCUCCGCCGCUGGCAGGUCAGCGAGAUCGCCGCCCGCAUCGCCCACCUCUACUACGCCCAGUACCAGCGGACCGCCGACACCGCGCUCCUCUCCGAGGCGUUCGUCUUCUACCACGCCGUCCUCGACCGCGCAUACUUCCUCGACGCCGACCACCACCUCACCCCGGCCAAGCACCUCCGCUUCCUCGCAAGGUUCCUCCUUGUCGCUCUCCUCCUCGCCAGGCGCGCCCACACCGUCCCUCGCCUUGCCGCAGACAUCCGUGCGCUCCUCGAAGACUCCAAAAAGUCAUUCCAGGAAGCCGAAUACAAGGAGUGGAAGCAUGUCGCGCAAGAGAUCUUUAGGUUUCUGCGAGCUGACUCGCCAUUUAUGAACAUGAGGCCGCUCAGGUACAGCUACGCAUUCGAUCUGCCUCCGGACAAGCUUCCUACGGUGCCGCCUACUGUCAAGAAGCGAGGCCUUGUCUUAAGUGAUGCCAUACUAUGCAGCUACUACCCCAACGAGGUCAAAUUUACAGACCUCUCCAUAGAUGUAUUCAGAAUGCUUCAAUGCCUCGAAUGGGAAUCAUGUGGUUCAUUUGCGCUAAACAAUGGUUACAGUGCCCACGAUGAAAGUGGACAAAAUCAGCCCAAUCUCCUGAAGGAUCUGAGAGAUGCCGCACUGCCUCCAAAUCCACUUAAGACGAUUCUCAAUCGCCCUUCGGUGACACAUUUCUUAACGGUCCUGGCCACAAAAUGCGAGGAGCUCCCGUCGAAUGGUAUCAUGUUAAUAUAUCUUUCAGCUGCAGGAGAGAUGGGAACUUCUGGAUGUUGUCCUGAUACUGCUGAAAAGGUUGUGAGCAACUUCAGCAAAUUUGAUAUAUCCAGUACUAGCCAUACCAGUUCAAAGGAAGACAAAGAACCUUGCAUAUGGUUAGGCUGCCGGGAGACUGAGGGUUCAAAGUGCAUAUACCCCGGUGAUCUAAUCCCAUUUACAAGAAGACCCCUAUUUUUGGUGAUUGACAGUUGCAUCAGCUAUGCAUUCAAGUCUCUUCAUGGCAUUGAAAGGGGGGAGACAGCUGCCAUGUUACUUUCACCAAGUUCCCGAUCUUCUGCUGCGGGAUUCAGUGGUGAUUCUACUCGUCACACUGGUAGUCAGUUUAGUAUGUUCCUCACAGCUCCAUUGCAAGCCUUUUGCCUUCUGAUCGGCAAUAGUGGGACAGACACCAACAGGGAUGCAUACAACAAAGCUGAGGAGUUAUUAUCAUUGUCCCUAAAUGAAUGGGCCACCACUUUAGUUGCAUCAUCUUCACUUCAUCCUGUUUGGGUUGAAGUUUUAGGCGAUCCACUCCUGAGACGGCUGCUUUUGAGGUUUAUCUUCUGCCGAGCAACCCUUUCCCUGUUCAAACCAACAAGCGGCAAGGCAGAAUUCCUCCCGACCUGUAUGCCUCCUCUGCCCGAGUCAGUUGAUGCAGAGAGCAUGCUCUCCCAAAGCUGCAUGAUGCGGCUCGCAUCAUACUUUGGCGCUGCUAGCCAGUUCGCAUUUGCUGAGAUUACCACAUGGCCUGAUGCCGACGCUGAGGAAGCCGGUGUCACCAGCUCAUAUGGCAGUGUCAGCAAAGAUGUCCCUGAUUCACACCCGGCAACAUCGAUUUGAUGGACGAUUAGGCAUCGGCAUCGGCGCUAGUUGAUCUGUAGCUAAUUAUUGCUGUGUCGGGCGUGCUCUUCUUCUGCUUGUUUUAUGUUCCAGUCAUCUGCAGAAGCGGUUCCAUUUUGUAACUACCGGGUGCCCCUUCAUGCUUGGUUUUACACAUCAAGCAGAAGUAGGACUGGCUUUGUUUUUCUUUUUACUGUAUUUUUUAGUCACUGGAAGACUAUGAUAUUUACCGAGUUUGGAAACGUGGAGGGGCUUGAGAAGAUUGGAGGUUUGAAUCGCUUAAAGUCAAUUGUUGCACAGGUAUACAGACAUUUCAUAUGUAAUAUUGUGCCUGUAUGCACA